CUCCAUGACUCGCCCACUGCAUGCCCUUUGUCGGCCAUUUAGGGCUUCCAGAUCUCUCCCCAUCUUCCCAACAAUAUCUCCAGUCCGAAAGUUCUCCCUCACAAACUUUACCAUGGAGUCGUCGGCCAACGCCUUGGCUGUUAAUGGCCAGACUAGUUGGCAUGGGGCUGGUGCUGCCGAAUUUGACCUGCGAAGUGACACCAUGACGAAGCCAACCCCGGCUAUGCUCAACGCAAUUUGCCAGACGACUCUCCUCGACGAUGUAUUCAACGAGGACCCAACAACCAAUGCUCUACAAAGUUAUGUUGCCGAGCGGACCAAGCACGAGGCUGCUCUAUUAGUGCUGUCAGGAACGAUGGGUAACCAGGUCGCUAUUCGCUCGCAUUUGACUCAGCCUCCCUACGCGGUGCUGUGCGACCACCGAUCUCACAUCAUUUGCUAUGAGGCCGGAGGUGUCAGUGCAUGGACGGGGGCGACCGUGCAGACCGUUGUCCCUAAGAACGGCAUUCACUUGACCCUGGAGGAUAUUCAAAAGCAUGCCGUACUGGACGAUGACAUCCACCACUGUCCGACCAAGUUGAUCAGUCUGGAGAACACCCUCAAUGGCUUGAUUAUGCCCCUCGAUGAGGCGCGGCGCAUCGUGGAGUGGGCCCAUGCCAACGAUAUCAAGGUGCAUCUGGAUGGCGCUCGGCUAUGGGAGGCAGUUGUCUCUGGAGCUGGAAGUCUUGUCGAAUACGCCAGUCUAUUUGACAGUGUGAGUCUGUGCUUCUCCAAGGGACUGGGUGCCCCUAUUGGCAGCAUUAUCGUUGGAUCGCAGGCCUUAAUCAAGAAAGCCCGUUGGUUCCGCAAGUCUAUCGGUGGUGGCGCUCGCCAGACUGGAGUCUUUGCUGCCGCUGCCCGGAUCGCCCUCGAUGAAACCUUCGGUACAGAUGACCACGGCAAGACCGGCAAGCUUCCUGCAACGCAUGCUAAGGCCAAGCAAGUUGCAGAAUUUUGGACCAGUCGCGGAGGCAAGCUGCAGUAUCCCGUGCACACCAAUAUGAUUUGGCUGGAUUUGGAGGCGUCCGGGGUGGGACCUAACGAUCUCACAUCUAUUGGCCAGGAGCAAGGGUUACAAUUGCUUGGAAACCGGGUGGUGGUUCAUUACCAGGUUUCGGACGAUGCAAUUGCGCGGCUGAAUCAGGUAUUCGACAUUGCUCUGAAGGGCGACUAUCAGCGGAGCGAGGACACAACAAAAGCAUAUGGAAGUAGCAAGUAAAUAAAUACACAUAUAUAAUGCUGCAGUAAAUAGUUAAACCAUAC